CACUCCUCUCCCAUGUCUUGAUUGGCCGUCUUGGCCGAAAUCCUCUUGAAUGAUUUCAAACCCGAGUAUGUGGACAAGAAGGAGGAGGAGGGGACGCUGCUAAUUCCGAGCAGGGCUGAAGGCUUGAAUCCCUCGUCCACCACCUCGUCGUCUCUGCAAAGAGGCUUAUCCGCGGAGCGCUGUCGAUGGCAAGAGGCGACCGAGAGCACGGCUGGUAGCGACCUGGGCUUUCAGAGGUACAGCGCUUUCACCAAUCUCCGUCGUUCUCACUUAGAUUUGGAUCCAGUUUACGUUUGGCAAUUUGUUGCGUUUUAAAUUCCCAUCAUUUGAGCGCAGCGAUGUUCUGCGGAGAGGGCGCACAUUGCGAUGGGACGCGGCAUAUUCUGCUGACAGGACUCCGCGCCGGGAACCAUGACCUGAUUGGAAAUCACUGCUAAUCGAUUGAUAAUCGCACGCGUGUUGUUGUUAUUGUCGGAAAGUGAGUGCCAGUACUUGUUUACGAAAUUAAUGAAGAGUCUCCUUUUACAUGAUCAGUGAGGGCUCAGUCAGUGCACUGGUUGCCAUAGCAUCACAUUAAUAAUUUCCUUUUGAUUAUCGUUCUAUUCUAGAGGGGGGAUUCAUUUUAAUAUUUUGGACCAUGUAUUCAUAUUUUAACACAAUUCCACAAUUGAGGCUUGGUUAAAAGAGUCUUGCUAGUGAAUUGCCGCCCGUCGUUUAAAGGAACUGAGAGCAGCACAGCCCAGACUGGUAGUCAUGGCUAAAAAUCCGUCCGAGGGACCCAAGGAUGACCUGAGCCAGCUGACGGACGAGGAGCUGCUGCGGUGCAGCAAAGAGGACCUGGUUAGGAGGUUAAGGAGGGUCGACAGCGAGAAAAUGAACUUGAUGAUCGAGCACGGCAACAUGAUGAAGGACAUCAACCGGCGGCUGCAGGUGCACCUGCAUGAGAUCCGGAGCCUGAAGGAAAUAAACCAGAAGCUGCAGGACGACAACCAUGAGCUCCGGGAGCUCUGCUGCUUCCUGGACGAUGAUCGGCAGAAGGGCAAGAAGCUGUCCCGGGAGUGGCAGCGCUUCGGCCGCUACACGGCCAGUGCCAUGUGGAAGGAGGUGGGCACCUACAUGAUGAAGCUGAAGGAGCUGGAGGCCAACCAGGAGACGGUGAUGCGGGAAAACUCCGAGCUGAAGGAGAUCAUCCUCAUGCUGGAUGAGGAGAGGAACGGCGCCGGCUCCAGGAGCUCCAUAGACAGUCAGUCCAGUUUGACCAACCUGAACGGGGGCACCGGCACCGUCAGGGAUGUCGGGGACGGGAGCAGUACGUCCAGCACCGGGAGCGCCGGGAGCCCAGAUCACCACAAUCAUAACCACAGCCACAUACACAAGCCCACCACGGAGAACAGUAAGCUGGGUCCCACCAUGAGGAGAUCCAUGGAUGACCUGUCAGCACCUCACCAUCACAGGAGCAUCCCCAAUGGACUUAAUGAUUCCUCCUCCAACUACAUCAGGCAGCUGGAGACUAAAGUGCGGAUCCUGGAGGAUGAUAACAAUAAGCUUCUCUCACAGGCCCACAGCCGGUAUAGCUUAUCACAGAUACACGGCAAGAAGCAGUGUAACCCAGGUGACCUUCGCGCCCUGAGGAAGGGAAUGACCCUCUACCACUCAGAGUCCCAGCUGUCCUCUCUGCCCCAGCGCCAGGACGCACUGCACAUGGGCACAGGGCGUCUCCCAACCAGCGAGUCUUCUCCUGCCACAGGCUACCUGUCCUGCGUCCAGAAACCAGAGGCGGUGGUUCACGCCAUGAAGGUGCUAGAGGUCCACGAGAACCUGGACAAGCAGGUUCCUGAGGACUACGAGGAGGAUCUCAGCGAGAAGGAGAAGGCCAUCGUUCGAGAGAUGUGCAACGUGGUAUGGAGAAAGCUGGGUGAUGCGGCAGGAUCAAAGCCGUCCAUCAGACAGCACCUCUCUGGGAACCAAUUCAAAGGGCCGCUGUAGCAUGGCAACGAGAGAGAGAGAGAGAGAUGGAGAGAGAGAGAGAGAGAGAUCAGGAUCUACCUACACUCACCUGAAUCCGCCUCAUCUGCGCCUACACUACCCAUCAUGCCAAGCUCCCUGUUGCCUCCAGCACCAAGCACUCCUUUGUCAAAGCCUCACAACGAGACUGGAUAAGACAGAACCUAGGAAGCUACAAAGCGGACCUUUUUAGCCUCUUAAUCGCUAACGUACAACUUCACAUGUACAAUAUCUGUUUUUAUCUCUCAGAGCUUAUGAAGUGUUGACAACCGGCAGCUAGUUUCACUGAUUUGCCACUUUCCUCACUGAUUCGGGGGGGCUUUAGGCUACAGAACGGUCUCUCUCCUCACACAGCCUACAUCUUACUCUAGUCUAACGAUGAAAGCUAUGAAAUGAAAGCUAUAUAAACACACAACAACUAUAGUCCUUUUAGAGCGUAACUGUGCGACAUAAAGCUCGUGAUAAUCCAUGGUUUGAAGCACAGAACCCGUAAGGCUGCAGGGGCAGACCUCUCUAGACGUGUUGCUGCGACGCGAAUGCAACAUCGCGGCGGUAUCCUCAGAUUAGGUUUGAUAGUACCUCCCGUAGGGACCCUCGCUCCUCUGUCACCUGUAUCGCUCCCUAGUGGUGAACGAGUAUAAUUAGCAUUAGCGUUCGAGAAGUGUUAACCAAGUGAAACCCACUGUGACCUAGCGCCUUUGCUCAUAAGACAAGUCUAUCGAUACUACAGUCUAGAGAUCACUGUUAACAUGUGUAUAUUAUGUAUAAAACCAUAGCACUACAUCAUUGUCAUUGUUGAUUUUUUUUUUUUUUCUUUUAUCUAUUUUGUAUUCUAGCGUGGCCAUGUGAUCAAGUAUUUAGUUUGGAAAGCACACACACACAACCGGACCUUAAACAGGGUUUGCUUUUUGGUAAUAAAGUUAAUCUUGUUUUUUGUUUUUUAUUCUUUUUUUUUUCCAGAUGAAUUAUUAUUCUUUCUCUCUGUAACCUCUGAAAAAGUAUCAAGGCCAUUCUGAAUCAAACCAUCUCAAUCAGUCAAUGGAUAGAUAGAUGGAUAGUUUCCUUAUUUUGAAUUGUGAAAUUAACUAAAAUUGUAUGCUGUGUGCAUGCUCGACAAUCAUGUUCUCAGGUUGGGAGGGCUACAGCUUUACCUUUGCCCAUCUGUGACUCUGUGUGUGCGUGUGUGAGUGUGAGUGAGCAAAAGAAGGCUGAAUGGUUCUCUUGCAACUGUAGCAUCUGCCUGUGAAUCCUCUUUUUCGCUAUUGAACCCUGGUUACAGCAGACUGCUGAGGACAUUUGCUGCAUCCACACAGGACAGGCGCCGUCUCAUCAAAGUGUAACGCGGCCAAGGGCUUCGUUUUAUCGCCCGGCUGACACAAGUCCAUUUCGACCCGGUUUUAUCAUUUUGUUGAGCUCUAUCUCAGUGAAUGAAAUUUUUUUGUUUUCUAAAAGCUCAGGCCUCGUUCUCUUUCGGAUGGAUUCAGCAGGUGUGUCUCAACAGUGCAUGUUUUCUUAAAGCUGAUUUUUUUUUCUUUUCUUUUUUUAAGAAUGCGAGAUAAGUCUUCCCUUAGAUGUCUCCUGAAAACACUAACAUUUUAAACAAGUAUUUCUUGAUGUCAGAAUGAACAAGCACUCUUAGUCAAAGUAUUUAUUGCCAGGUAUUAGAGAUGGGAGUGCCAUGAUUAACUGGGCAGCCAUUAUUUUUAAAAUCUAUCAGAAGAGAUUUUGCUAAUAAUCAGAGAAGUGUUCUGAUAGGUUUGGUCAGUGACUGGCAGCUCAGGCGCUCCCAUUUCUACUUUUAGUUGUUCCAAAUUAGAACAUUGUUGAGGCUGUUUUCCCCGCCCCUCUGUUCUCUCCAAUAAUGGGUCUAAAAAAAAAAAAGAAAGAAAAAAAAAAAAGAAAUCAAUCAAAGUAUGGUUUUUAAAAGUGUCCUUUUUUCUAGGAACUGAUUUGAAGCCAUGAAACAAUUUUGAAUACUUUAUAUGGCAUUUGAUUUGAGAUGUGCCACAUUUUUUUUUCUGCAUGGUGUUUUGAUUUGGAACCUAAUUUUUUUUUUUUUUUUUAAACAUCUAUAGUGUUCUUUAUUCUGCAUAUGUGCUAAACCACAAUACAGAAUCCUAGAAUCUACAGUGUAAAUGUCAAUUCCUGUAGUAACUAGCAUGACUGUGUAACUUCUUUUCAUGAAUUUCACUGAUAUCAAAUGGAUAUUGGUAGGUGAAAAGAAAUAAAACAUGAAAUAGGCCACUUUUAGAAAAAUUUGGGAGAAAAUAAAGAGAUGUUUAAUGAUA